CUUCCUUCUGGCUGGCCCGUGAUCGCCAUGCAGGCUAUCAAGGAGUGGAGGACGCUGAAGUACGACGUGCCUUCCGCGCUCGAACUUGCGGACGGAGUCGAGUGCCUGGGGGUUGCGGCAGGGGCGGGAGCCAGCGCGAGCGGCAGCGGGGGUGGGAGUGGCGCUGUGAUUCCUUCGGGUCCGCGUCUCAAGUUCGACUUGGCGCAGAUCGGCAACAUGGACGAAACCCCCACGUGGUUCGAGAGCCCGGGGAAGGACACUGUGAACGUGAGCGACAAGGAGAUUUCCGUCAAAACCGGCGGCAAGGAGAAGAUGCGCAUCACAUCGGUUCUGACGGUGUUCGCCGACGGCACCAAGCUGCAGCCCCUUCUCAUCUUCAAGGGUCAGCCCACUCCGAAGGGGAAGCCCCCCGCCGCCAACAGCAUCGAGCGCGAGUUCAAAGACUACAGGGACAAGAAGGGCUGCGCGUACCCGCGAGGCCUGACUCCAAAGCUCCAGCCUUGCGAUGGCCUGGUCAACAAGAUCUUCAAGGCAAACAUGUCCAAGCUCUACGACGACCACAUGGCUUCCAAAGACGUCACGCGCAACGAGCGGGGCUAUCCGGAGCCCCCUUCGCGGGGCUUGGUCGCACAGUGGGUCAAGAAGGCGUGGGAUGCCUUGACCGCGGACGAAAUCCGCUCGAGCUGGAGGAAGGCUGGCCUGCUGCUGCCCUACGACGGGUCGGGAGACGAGGCCUGGGCCAACAAGGAGCUCGAUUCCAACGCCAAGGGGGAGCCCAUCCGCGGGCCAUCGGACGCUGCGGACAAGGCUGACCCGCCGUCAGGAGGCAAGAACGAGAACUUGCUGGAGGUGUUGGACAUCGACGAUGACGACGAGACGGGUGUGGUGGUGGUGGACGUGAGCGACGACGAGGGCGGGGAGCUGUACCUAGGGACAUCCAGGAGGAAGCGAAGAGACUCAACCAAAACCUUGCAUAUAGCCAGCACAAGCCCUGCGGCGCAAUCCAACCCAACCUUUCUUUCUCCCUCUGAGCGGACAAAAGGCGAAAUUGAUUCCCGCCUGCUGGGAGUUGGAUCAGCAGGGAGAGGAGCAGCAGUCACCAUUAUGCCCGCCACGCCUCUGUUCCACCCGCACAACGAGUCGUCCAAGGGGACGGGCAGGCUCGGCCGCCUCACGAAGCGAGAGGCAGCCUCUCUGGCUUCUCUCAAGCAGCUGGCGCGCAAGCAAGGCUUGUCAUUGGGUCUCGUUCGCGGGCCGGGCGAGCAAAACGAUGUAUGCCUGCUUCGGUUCCUGCGGGCGCAGCGGUUUGAAGAGAAGAGGGCGUUAGCCUCCCUCGUCUCCUGCGUGGAAUGGGGGGCAAGCGUGGGCCUUUCGGGCCUGCGUGGGCACCACGGUGGGGGUGCGGCGGACGGCCAGGAGGGGUCGGCGCCGUCGCCGCUGCCGGCCGCCGAGGGCCUCGUCUGCCUCGGUUCGGGUUUCGACAGGCUUGGCAGGCCGCUGGUCGUCGUGCGGCUCGGGGGUCUUACCCACUCGCUGGUGGAGGCGUGCGGGAAGAAAGCGUUGCUGAGGUGCGAGCUGUUCUUUGCAAGGAGUGUCCCCUUUGGCCGAGUUCGCUGA